UGCCGACAGAGUACAGUAUAAAAGGGGUUAAGAUUUCCUGAACAAGGUGAACUUAAAAAUCCAAUGGAAAAACGUUGAAAUAGAUUUAAAUUAAUAGGAAUUGCAGUAGUGGGUCCAUGUUUAGACACAGACAAAUAAAAGCACCUGGUUGCGUAUUGGGUGGAAUGUUCUUAACUCUCUCCUUUUGAGUUUUGACGUCCACUCCCUUGUCCUUAAAGCCAAUGGCCAAACUUUCUUUGGGCUCCACAUUCUCUAUCUCCCUUUCCCGCCACACCCGUGCUACAGUCACCGCCCGCCACGUCACAACCACCGCGCCCACCAAAAUAACAAUGCCAGAUCACCACCCAUCCCUGGAGGUCAUAGGCGGAGCACGUGACCGCUUCCUCCAAGCUCUCCACACCGCCCUCCGCCUACCCUACAACCCUUUCCCCCUCAUCGCCUGGAACCGCCACGUCGAGACCAUCUUCGCCGCCUUCUUCCGCUCCGUUCCCGACGUCAGAUUACGUCGGGAGUCCCUCCGAGUCAAAGACGGCGGCUCCGUCGCCCUCGACUGGGUAUCCGGCGACCAGCGCCGCCUCUCCCCUGAUGCUCCCAUCCUCAUAUUACUGCCGGGUUUGACUGGAGGGAGCCAGGAUUCAUAUGUAAGACAUAUGCUAAAUAAAGCAAAAAGUAAAGGGUGGCGCGUUGUGGUUUUCAAUAGCCGAGGUUGUGGAGGUAGUCCAGUUACCACUCCCCAGUUCUAUUCAGCUUCGUUUCUAGGAGACACGUGUGAAGUAGUGGAACAUAUUGGCGCUAGAUACCCAGAUGCUAAUUUGUAUGCCGUUGGUUGGUCUCUUGGAGCAAAUAUUCUUGUUCGAUAUCUGGGUCAGGAAUCUCAUACUUGCCCUCUUUCUGGUGCUGUGUCAUUGUGCAAUCCAUUCAAUUUGGUCAUUGCUGAUGAGGACUUCCACAAGGGCGUUAACAAUGUUUAUGACAAAGCUCUUGCAAGAUCCCUCUGUAAAAUAUUCAAGAAGCAUGCUCUCCUAUUUGAAGAUAUGGAGGGUGAAUUUGAUAUCCCCUUAGCUGCCAAUGCAAAAUCUGUCAGGGACUUUGAUGAAGGAAUAACACGGGUUUCAUUUGGUUUCAAGUCAGUGGAUGAGUACUACUCUAGUUCAAGCAGUUGUGAUUCCAUAAAACAUGUUAAUAGACCAUUGCUUUGCAUCCAGGCGGCAAAUGAUCCAAUUGCACCAUCUAGGGGAAUUCCUUGGGAAGAUAUCAGGGAUCAGUGGGAAUAUAUAUUGUCUUUGAUCACAUGACAUCAAGAUGGGAUGCAAGGAAAAUCCAAACUGCAUGCUAAUAGUGACACCCAAAGGCGGGCAUUUGGGCUGGGUUGCAGGUGCCGAGGCUCCACUAGGAGCUCCUUGGACUGAUUCUGUGGUCAUGGAUUUUCUUGAGCAUUUGGAAAGAGGUGCAUCUAAAACUACUGGAUUUUCUUGUGACUUAGAAGCUGUGCGACAUAGUUCAGAGGGAUUGCAUCACAUGGAAGUAUAGCCCACAAAUUAUUCACAUAUUCAUGUAUGUGCUUGACUUGCCAUAGUAUUUGGUGCGACCAAUUUUAACAAUAAGUUCAAUUCAGUGUAGCCGAUUCUUUAUAUUCAUACCAUGGCUGUAUCACGGGCGCAGCUGAAAUUAUAUCCUGAGGGACUUGUAUGAUGACCUGAUGAUGGGUUGAUAGGUGAAAUCAAAAAGUAAUAAAGUUUCUCUAUUCACUGGAUCA